CUGUCUUUCCUCGUGAAAGGCGAAAAAAAAUAAUAGUUUCAUCGGUGAUGCGAGGAGCCAGUGCGGUCACGUAGGCCCACCGAAACGUAUGGUGGAUAACGUUUAAAGCGCGCUUCAUCGUGUGCGGGAAGGAAGUGUGAUUGAAUGAACAUUUCUAGAAAUAUGCUGUAACGGUGUGUUCGUUUCAAAUUUUUUUUCUCGCGGCGUGGUUAAGAUCGAUCGGCGAGAAAACGAAUGAAAGCAACCUCGUAAAACGAGGAACUGAAAAUCAAAUCCCGAGGCGAAGAAAACGUAAACAAAACGAAAAAUCUCGGAAACGAAGGAUCCUGUGGGCGCCUUCAAAAAAAUUAACAAUGACACUUGAACUUUGAGAUUUAAAAAAAAGUUGAAUUAAAAUCUACGUAAAGAACUGGUGGGAGGUAGAGAGACUCGUAGUUGGAGAAAAUACAACAUUGAGGGGUUAUCGACAGAAAAGAGUAAAGAACAGAAGAGACAACAUGAAGUGGUCUCCAGGAGCAUUGUUCAGCGAGCAAGUGAGCGAAUUGACACGUGUCUUUUCGCAGUGGAACGAAUGCGAGCAAACAGUAGUUCUUUAUGCUCUACUUCGACGUAUCCCAGCUGUGCAAGCUAGAUUUUUGGCUCAGGCGGUGCAUCACUCUUUGCACGCGGUUUCUGAACUCGACAGACAAGAAUCCAACGCCAACAAUCCUGCUUUCAUAAAUUCAUUACUUUCGGAACCAACGGAGGUAGCGAUAAACCAAUUGCUCACGCAUCUACCCCUGCUACGUCCUGGUGACGUCGAGUGCAAACAAUGCUAUUUGGCAGCGAUACCCGAGCUCGUAAACCAGUGCUCGAAUUCGGGUUUGUACAUUGAACAGGUGCAACAAUUGCUCGGAUAUACUCUCAUACAUCCAGCCAUAACUAGUCAAGACAGACGUCCGCUCACACAAUGGCUGAGGCACAUCGAGGAGAAAAUUAGCACGUCACCGCCGAUCAAUAGUCUUGAGGAAUACACCAAUAACUCUGCUAGGUGGGAUACGACGUGGCAACGAGCAUCGAAACAGCGAGAAUUACAGCAGCAGCAAAUACAGCAGCAGCAACAGAACAAACAAUCGAGUUUGUUCAAUUCGCAACUUGGUCAGAGUUACAGCGUGCCAUUCCCAGUACCAGUUAGCAGGCAACGUCGUUCCAACAGUUUGACUCCACCUGUCGCACCUCCGAAUCAUCUGGAAAUCGUUGAAAGGAGCAACAAUACAAAUAAUACGACUAGACACAAGCCGCGAAGUUUCAGUGUCUCCGGCGAUAAUUCUAGCAGUCUCAUUGGACUAGGACCCUUGAGUCCGCAAAGUUCGUGUGCGAGCAGUGGCAGCGAGGGUCGACUUGACGAAGCCUCGACUCGGACUCUCAGCAGUGGAAUGCGAGAUGUUCCAGCCUGGUUGAAAACUCUUCGCCUGCACAAAUACAGUUAUUUGUUCGCUACCAUGAGUUACGAGGAAAUGCUUGAAUUAACGGAGGAACAACUGGCUGAACAGGGUGUGACAAAAGGAGCGAGGCACAAGCUUGCGCUAUCGAUUACAAAAUUGCAGCAACGUUAUACAACGUUGUACAAUUUAGAGAAGGAUCUACUGCAACCGACCCGGGACGGAAAUCAAACCGCCUCGUUUUCUCAAGGGCCCGCACUUUUGGUCACGACCCUCGAUGAGCUCAACACCAUUCUCACUACUCCUUUGAAGCCGAGCCAGGAAACCGAUCCUCAAGAUAUUCCGGCUCAAUUUACCCGAGUUCUUGGAAAAUUGUGCAGCAGAUUGGCUCUCGAAAGUAUCGAUGACAUUGUAUUAUGCGGCUGUAUAAACAUAUUAGAAAAAGUGCUGCAGCACGACUGCUUCACUCCAAAUCAGAAAGAAAAGGUUCAACAAUGGCGUAGUCGUCUUGGAAAUCCGAGACCAACACCAAAGCAGCACAGUUACAGUUACGGUAACCGGAGAUUCUGCAACGCCCAACAGCACAACCCUCACAGCAGGAAACCAAGUUUGAAUCUUGGUCACAUGCAUAAUAAUCCACACCAACACAUCAGCAGCUUCAUGGUUAGCCCACAUAGAAAUAGUAUUUCGACACCGUACUUGCAAAACAAUCACAGUCACAGCAUAAAUCAGAACAGUUUGCGACAACUGCACGCCGCCGAGAAACGACCGAGCCUCCAGGAAACUAGUUUGGAGUUAUUGCAGAAAACAUUGCAGCGAACUUACAGCGCGCCGCGCGACCAAUUUUUCACCAAUACGAGUAACCCGUUAGAGACAACGGAGCCAGAAAUAAAUUCACGGCUAGAAUCGCUCUGUUUGCGAAUGACUGAGCAAGCGAUCGGUGGUUUUGGUGAGGCCUAAAAUUAUGAACAAAAAGGAGAAGUACAGAACAGCAAAAACAAAAGAGUCACAAUGAAAAAGGUAAAAACAAUCAUGAAAAACAAUUAAUUAACGAGGGCCAACGGCACGACUUUUUUGGACAAGCGAAAUAAUUUCGUGCGAUGAAAUAGCGCGUAAGGUUCGAGGAUGCUGAAAACAAAAAACGCUCACAGAGUCAAAGAACAAAAAAACAAUACAGACACUACCAAAUAAUUUUUAGUUUUUGGGAAUUUCACGAAAAUUCACGCGGGACGAAAUGAGAGGACGGAGAGAGAAGCGCAAUGAGAAUCAUCUCGGUACGAACGAUUUGUAGAUGCAAAAGAAAGACAUGGAUGUGCGCGAGAAUGUGUGUAUGUGAGAGAGAGAGAGAGAAAGAGAGAGAGAAUCCCGAUUAUUGAGAAUCCAUUGAAUCGCAAUUGUAAUAUUUAAAUACGAAAAAAAAAGAGAAAACGAAAAAACAAAACAGAGAAAGUUUGGCAAGCCAAAUUUCUACUAGAAAGAUAGAUUCUUUCCUUCGAAACUUAUUUACUACAAUCUAAAUAUGGAAUAUAUUAUAUUAUAUAAUUACAAUAGAAUUUUGAACGAGUAGAAAAAUCCGAAGAAUAAAAAAAAUGAGAUUAGACGAAAAAUAAACGAGGAAAAAGAGAUUGAAGAAUGAAAUGAACUUGGGAGAAAAAGGAUUUAGUGUGAAACAGCUGUGCGGUAUUUGCAAUAUUGUUUUUUGUGUUAUCCAUUUCGGGAAAUGGAAUUCUUCUGAUUUUAAGCUCCAACACGCAUUAUCUCAUAAUAAUAAUAAUCAUAGUGAUAAUAAUGAUAAUUAUAAUAAUAAUAGUAAUGGUAAAAAUAAUGAUAAUUGCAAACUUUGAUUUUAACGAAACUGACUGAUUAAUACAAUUUUUUUUGUUUUUUUUUUACGUUUUAAUGGAAUUGUUUCAUGCAAGAAAAGAUCUAACGAAGAAUAAGAAAGAGAAACAAGUUCGAGCUCUCUUUAUGUACCAAACGUGAGCUCGAACGAUAAUUUAACAAACACACUAGAAAAGUACUGAAAACAACAAGUGAACACAACACAACCCGGUGGGAAAAGAUUGCAAACCUUCGUAACGAAGAUUUUUAAUAUUAAUUAUAAAUGCAUUUUUGUAGAUUGUCCAUAUAUAGCAUAAAACAUCGAUAAACGUACGCAAAAAGAAAAAUAAAACACAAGAUCCGAAGCUUGAAAUACGAAAAAAUAAUGAUAAGCUAGGAUCAAAAAAUUGUCAUUAUUUUUUCUAUCCUGUCGUGAAUUUUUCGAUAUAUUGACUCAUACGUACUCGUAUGUUUUGUACUUCGUGCACAUAUUUCGUGAUAUAAAUACGUGUACAUAUAUAUUUAUAUAAAUAUAUGUGUGACUCUUUCUUUCUCGAUCAUACGGUUGAGAUAUUCGCCUUAGUAGUGAAUUUUUUGGUGCGGAACUCUAUUUUGUGUUUUUUGAUUUCUUCACUAAAGUUUUAUAUCUCGGGUGGUUCUUUGGUAUUUGUCGGGUUCUAGUUCGAUGGAAAAUUUCAUUUCAAGCUUCGUCUUUAAAGAAAAAUAGUCGUCGAGAAAAAAAUAUUCAAUCUCCGAAUUUUGAAUCAUCGACGCGUAUCCAAAAUCGUGGCUGAGAUUCGAAAAAAAAAGACCAAAAAGGAAAGAAUGACUUGUUUCUCGUCUUUUUAUUCGAUUCCGUAAAUUAAUUUGUAUCAAAAAAGGGGGAAAAAGACUCUGAGGGCCUUACACGUCAGUUGAAGGAGAGAGGAGGGUUUCAUUUCGAUUUUGACAAAGCGAGAUUUGCAAUCGCUAUGAAAAAAAGAUGAACAGAAGAGAGAGAGAGAGAGAGAGAAGGAAAAAAGUGUGGACGUAAAAAGCGUUUGAUAAGUAACAUCGAAAUCUGUGGCUUCAAAUUGUUAAGCAUACACUUUAUUAUUGUAACGCAUAAAAAAAAGCUGGGAAAAAAAUAUUUCAAAAUAGCUUUGCGUAAAUAUACCUUAGUAAUAUUUUUCGUGCAAGAGAAAAGAAAAAAGAGUAAAAAAAAAACGAAACGCAAAGUAAACUGAUUAAUUAAAUUAUAGAUCGAGGAUAAAAAAAAAAUGAAAGACUGACUAUUUCGCGCGCCCUGCCAGUCGAUGACGAGAGAGAAGUAUCUCUCUAAACACAGAGAUUCAAUUGAUUCGAUGGAAGGAGAAUUUUGCAAAAAUUCAAAAUAAAAAUAAGUAAAAUUGUUACGACUUUGUCGAAGCGUGCGCGUGAAUAUAAAACAAUUGGAAGACUGCGGAAAGGAUGAAAAAAACCUGUCAAAAUAAAUAACGAUUAGAAAUGAGUUUGACUGCGGAAGAGAAAAGGAAAAAGUGAAAAAAAAAUGAAUAAAUAAAAUAAUAAUCGUAAAAUACACAGGAGAGGAAGAAAAACAAAUGUAUUAUGAAUAAUGGAAGUACUAGUGUAGCGAUUUUAGGUUAUUAACGAUUAUAGCGUUAUUAUAUUAUUAUAUUAGAAGAUAAUUGAUGUAAGCCUAUCUCAUGGUGGAUCGCUUUUUUUCAAACAUUUCUUGUUUUGUGAAAUCUAAUCAAGUAUCCCAGUGAAACGGCCUUUGGAAUUUAGUGAGACAAUUGAAUGAAACCCAAGAUUUGAUUAUAUUGAAUUGAAAACUUGAAAAUUUUCUAGAUACAAAUUUCGUUUUGCGCGAUUCAAACUAAAUUAUUUUAGCCUUAAAUGUGUAAUUAUUUUUGUCCUUUUUUCACGUUUAUACUUGCGAACGAUAUCGACAAUAGGCCGAACUGUAAAGAAACAAAAAAAACCACAAUUUAAUCUUCAACUCCGAGUGCGAGAUGAUUAAGCUAGUCAAGCAAUUACAUUUCUUAUUCCAUUGUUUUCUGCUCGUCAAUUCUGCUUAUGCUCAAUUAUUUACAAAUCCUGUUUGUUCAUACUCCAAUUGUGAAAUCGCUGAAUAUUGGGACGUUGAAAAUCUUGACCCUUGAGUUAUGCUCAGGAUUUCGGGAGAGUCCGGAAAAAUGUUCAGUCCAAAUUGAGAAAAUUUUAAGAAUACGUCAUAAUUUCUCAUGCAUCAAUACAAUUAUUUUCAAUCAACGAACGGUCGUUUUAUCUUUGAAGUGUAUCUGAAAAUGAUGAACCUGUUUUCAACAAGCGUUCUUUUCGCUUUCGAUGCGAGAUUAUAUUUCUGUUUUAUUCGCUCAAAUUUGAAAUCUUAAAAAAUAUAAAUCGAAACGAAAACAUACCUUAUGGAGGUCCACAUGUUUUUUCUCAUCAAAAAAGAAUGAAGGAAAUGAAAACUCGAAGCAAGCGAAGUAACAAAAAGACUGUUCCACGGCGAUUUCAGGAAUUUUGUUCAGUUGUAAUUAAAUUUGAAUGCGAGGAGGAGAAGAAGAAGAAGAAGAAGAAAACGAAAUAAACAAUGGAAAUGAAUAAUAACGAGAGAAAAUAAAAGGAAAAGAAAAUUAAAUACAACAAUUAUGUAAUUAUAUAAAGGCAGGACCUAAACUAACAAGAGGAAAAGAAAGAGCAAGCGAAUUUUGUUUAAUUUGCAUUAACGCGUUUAUUGAUGAAAACAAUAAUCAAGAUAAAAAAGAGAUGAAGAAAAAGUGAAUUCCGUCGCCGCCAUAUUGUAUUUGAUUGGAUUUUUGCAAAUAUAAUUCAAACGGUAAAUGGCGCUGCGAUCAUUGAGCCUUGCUUUUGUAUAAUUUUUCUUCUUUUUCCUUCUGAUUAAUUGUCUUUAUAGCUCAUACACAUAAAUCUAUAUAAAUAUAUAUCUAAAUAUAUAUAUAUAUUAUAUAAAUUUAUCGAUUAACCUGCAUAGAUGUAAAAUUACAAUCACGUCCCGACGAUGCCAAAGGCCUGAGCCUCGUCUUUGUUUUUAAAGCUUUUUCUUCAUUCUGUGGACCAUUUUUUCAUCAACACUUUGUUGUCAACCACCGUUCGGAAUCUUAAUUAAGACUGGCGAGAUUUAAUACUGUACUUACUGGUAGAACUAUAUUUUCCAAUCACCGGUUCCAUUUGCAUAAAAAAUUUAAAAAUUAAAAAGAAAACAAGAAGGCACUCAAAAAGAAGAAACGAAAAAUCGUUGUUCACCAAUAUUUUAAUGUUUAUAGAUCGAAGGCGGCGGCUGAUAAUAUAUUAAUGAUGCGAUAUACCACACGUAAUUAUAUAAAUAUUCAUAAAUCUCUGGGUCCACUUGUUUUGGUCGGGGCAAAAAAUGAGAAAAAAAUCGGAAUUUCGAAUUUUUAAAGGAAUUCCAAUGUUUUUUUGAAAAAGAAUAUGGUGGAAAUUAUUGCCUGGGCCUAUGAUCGAGUCCCAGAUCCAGGUAGCAAGCCUUUGGCCACAGAAUAAGAUAUUCGUCCUCGAAAAUCCUCUCAAAUUAUUGUUUUCCUUUUGAAGAAUGUUUCGGAGGAAGCUCUUCGGAUAUUCAACGUUGUACUUUCCUGUUUGAAAUCAGGCUCUGCUAGCUGGGAUAUUUAGUUCUUUAAGCCGAAACAACAACGUGUAAAAACGCAAUUUUUGUACUGUUAAACAAACAAAGUUAUAAAUAGAGAAAACGAAAUAAUACGUACACUGACGUUGUAGUGUGUGAGCUGAACGAAAAAAAAAACAAAACAAACAAAAUACCACUUUUCAAUAAAACAUUUUCAUACGCAAUACGAAAAAUA